AUGAAAAGAAAAAGAGAGAGAUCAAAGCUUGCAAACUACAGAGACGUAGACCAAACCAGCGAUGCAAUCGUUGAAGCAACACCAACGUCGCCACUUACUGUGUCAAAACAGAAAAAUACUUCAGAUGAAACAAACUCAGAUCCGUUUCCUUCCGAUCUCUUAAUGGAGAUACUCAAACUGUUCCCUGUCAAAACCCUAGCGAGGCUCACGUGCGUAUCAAAGCUCUGGGCAUCAACCAUCCGCCGCCAAGAAUUCAACAAACUUUGGUCUUCUUCAAACCAACAACGUCGUAGUAGUAGUAGUAAUACUCUCAUCUUCGCAUUCAAACGUGACAAAGGAUAUGGCCAAGACUGUUUCUUCUUCUCAUCGCUUCAAACCAAGAAUCCACACGAAGCCUCUGUAACCGCUACUUAG